AUGGCCUGUAGUGUCCAUGGGAGAGUCCAGCUUGGAGGUGUGGUCCUCUCUCUCCUUGGCUGGGUGUGCUCAUGUGUCACCACCAUCCUGCCCCCGUGGAAGACUCUCAAUUUGGACCUGAAUGAAAUGGAGACCUGGGUCUCGGGGCUCUGGGAGGCCUGUGUGAAUCAGGACGAAGUUGGCACUGUGUGCAAAGCCUUCGAGUCCUUCUUGUCUCUGCCCCAGGAGCUACAGGUAGCCCGCAUCCUCAUGGUGACCUCCAAUGGACUGGGACUACUGGGGUUUCUGCUCUCUGGCUGUGGGUCAGAAUGCUUCCAGUUUCACAGGACCAGAGGUAAAUUCAAGAGGUGGUUGUGCCUCCUGGGAGGGACUUUGGAGGCAUUGGCUUCAGCCACUACCCUCUUUUCGGUCUCCUGGGUGGCCUAUGCCACAUUCCAAGACUUCUGGGAUGACAAUGUCCCUGAGAUUGUACCUCGCUGGGAGUUUGGAGAUGCCCUGUUCCUGGGCUGGGCUGCUGGACUCUUCCUAGCACUGGGUGGACUUCUCAUUUUCUCUGCCUGCCUAGAAAAUGAAGAUGUGCGUUCUCCCUCGAUGGCUCAUCCCAAAGCCCCACCAGCCUGUGCCCCAGGGGAGGAAUUUGAUAGCUCUGUUCACCUCACACCGGGACCAGUCAACCUAGUCAUGUAG